AUGGGAGAAGAGAACCAAACCUAUGUGAAUGAAUUUGUCUUCCUGGGCCUUUCUCAGGACCCACAGACACAAGUCCUGCUCUUCUUCCUUUUCCUGAUCAUCUACCUGCUGACUGCGCUGGGAAACCUGCUGAUCCUUGUACUCAUUCACAUUGACUCCAGACUCCACACACCCAUGUACUUUUUCCUUAGAAACUUGUCCUUUGCUGAUCUCUGUUUUUCAACUACCACAGUCCCCCAGGUGCUAGUCCACUUCCUGGUGAAGAGGAAAACCAUUUCCUUUGCUGGAUGCUCAACACAGAUAGUAGUUUUACUUCUGGUUGGAUGUACAGAGUGUGCGAUUCUGGCGGUGAUGUCCUAUGACCGGUAUGUGGCUGUCUGCAAGCCCCUGCGCUACUCCACCAUCAUGACACAUUGGGUAUGUGUCUGGAUGGCCAUAGGGUCCUGGGCCAGUGGAGCAUUUGUGUCUCUGGUGGACACCACAUUCACAUUGCGUCUGCCUUACCGAGGAAACAAUAUCAUUAACCAUUUUUUUUGUGAACCUCCUGCCCUCCUGAAGCUGGCUUCAGCAGACACAUACAGCACAGAAAUGGCCAUCUUUGCAAUGGGUGUGGUAAUCCUCCUGGCUCCUGUCUCCCUCAUCCUUGUCUCCUACUGGAAUAUUAUCUCCACUGUGAUCCAGAUACAGUCUGGGGAGGGAAGGCUCAAGGUCUUCUCCACCUCCCACCUCAUUGUCGUUGUUCUCUUCUAUGGCUCAGCAAUAUUUGCCUACAUGACGCCAAACUCCAAGAUAAUGAAUGAAAAGGAUAAAACGAUCUCUGUGUUCUACUCAGCAGUGACACCCAUGCUGAACCCCAUCAUUUAUAGUCUGAGGAACAAGGAUGUCAAAGGGGCUCUCAGGAGAGUAACUGCAAAAUAG